AUGGUUAAGGGGAAGGUUCGCAUCAUUGAGGUACAAGAGGCAGAUGAGGAAAAUAUUAUUUCCUUUGAGGAUGUUGGCGGCACUCAGCUGCUCUCUGCCUCUGCUCCAGUGGUGUGGAGUGGCAUGGAGGAAAAGAUGGCCCAGGUGUACAUGCCCCGAAGCCUGCCGACCACCCUGGGCAAGCUGCCAUCGUCCCGCCUGGCCUCUGGUCCAUCCAGCACUCCCUCUAAUGAGUCCACCCUACCCCUGGCCUCUGCUGCAUCCGGCACUCCCUCUAACGAGUCCAUCACCCCACCCCUGGCCUCAACUGACUCCAGUCACACCCCCAACGUCUCCCCAGACUCCUCCCUGGAUGAUGACGACGUCCCUCCAUCCAUCCUCCACCCAUCCCCAGCCCCAUCCGGACUCCCAUCCCUCUCCUCUCCUCCUCCACCCAGCCUUCCUGGCUGCCUGCCGAGCCUGGCUCCCAUCCUUCCCUCCACCUCCACCACCACCACCCCAACCAGGCUCCCCGCAUCAUUGCCUCCUGUGCCUGUGCCCUGCAAAGCCCGCCGCACCUUCUCAAGAAUGUCCCUCCUGGAGCCCCCCUCAUCUCUCCCCCCAUCCCACCUUGAGGCCACCCCGUCCCAGCUUCCCCCCCUGGACCUCUCGGCCCUCCUGAAGGCGUUGGGGGCUACUAGCACCAGGGUUGCCCCCCUGCCCCCCAUCGAGGUCAGGGCAGCUGAGGAGAGGGAGGACAUGGAGAGCGAUAUGGAGGUGAGUCAACGCCGGUCACAUUGA